CUCUCUCUCUCUCUCUCUCUCCCCCUUCUUUCCCUCUGCUUCCAAUUGCUCUGAACGUAACUCGAAGAUUUGAGUGAGUUCUCAAAUCGCUACUUUUAAUCGUAAUUUUCCUUCGAAAUUUUGUUCCCUGGUGCUGUCUGUUUAGGGUUUGGAGUUUAGGGUUUGCUGUUACAUCGCAGAAGGCUUGCAAUAAUAGCCCUUCAAUCAGCUUCAACAAGGAAAAACAACAGAGAGAGACUAUGUCAGUGCUUAUAGUGACAAGCUUAGGGGAGAUAGUUGUGGAUUUGCACACAGACAAGUGCCCUCUGACUUGUAAAAACUUCUUAAAGCUCUGCAAGAUAAAGUAUUAUAAUGGGUGUCUUUUUCACACGGUUCAGAAGGAUUUUACUGCACAGACUGGUGACCCAACUGGAACAGGCUCCGGUGGUGAUUCAAUCUACAAAUUUUUAUAUGGUGAUCAGGCUCGCUUUUUCAAUGAUGAGAUUCAUCAUGAUUUAAAGCAUUCUAAGACAGGAACUGUUUCCAUGGCUAGUGCUGGAGAGAAUCUCAAUGCUUCUCAGUUCUACUUAACAUUGCGUGAUGAUCUAGACUAUCUCGAUGGGAAGCACACAGUUUUUGGGGAGAUAGCAGAGGGGUUUGAGACAUUGACAAGGAUCAAUGAGGCUUAUGUGGAUGAGAAAAACAAACCCUAUAAAAAUAUCCGAAUCAAGCAUACUUACAUUUUGGACGAUCCUUUUGAUGAUCCUUCGCAAUUAGCUGAGUUAAUUCCUGAUGCCUCCCCAGAAGGAAAACCAAAGGAUGAGGUUGAGGAUAAUGUGCGGCUUGAAGAUGACUGGGUUCCUUUGGAUGAACAAUUAGGUCCACAAGAACUUGAAGAGCGCCUUCGUGCCAAAGACGCACAUUCCAGUGCAGUUGUACUUGAGAGUAUUGGGGAUAUUCCUGAUGUUGAGAUAAAGCCUCCUGACAACGUGCUUUUUGUUUGUAAAUUGAAUCCAGUCACAGAAGAUGAGGACUUGCACACAAUCUUUUCGCGUUUUGGAACUGUGCAAGCGGCUGAUAUAAUACGCGAUUUCAAGACUGGAGACAGCUUAUGCUAUGCAUUCAUCGAAUUUGAGACCAGAGAGGCAUGUGAACAAGCAUAUUUUAAGAUGGAUAAUGCUUUAAUCGAUGACCGGAGAAUACAUGUGGAUUUUAGUCAGAGUGUUGCAAAGCUGUGGUCCCAGUACAGGCGCAAAGAUCAACAAAUGGGCAAAGGCAAAGGUUGCUUCAAAUGUGGUGCGCUUGAUCACAUUGCCAAGGAUUGCACUGGUGAUUCUGCCAACAGACAGCAACCUCAAAAGUACAUAUUAAAGGAUGACAAUGCACAGCGUGGUGGAGGCAACAACUCUAGGUUGGCAGUCUUGCAUGCUGUCUCUGUCUCUCUCUGUCUUUAUGAGAUGGUAUUUGAUGGAGACACUCCGGAAAGUCCAAGACAAGAACAGAGAAAUCAAGGUCGCAAUCCAAAUUACCGCGAAGUCGAGAAACAAAUGAUAAAUAGGCGGAGUUCCAAAGACCCAAGGCAUAGGGAUCAAGAACAUAAAGACUCAACUGAUAGGGAGAGGCACAGUGACAGAAGUAGGUAUAGAGAGGAUUCAAGUCGAGACAGUAAAGAAAAUCGAUCAGGUGGAAGUAGAAGCGGUCAAGAUUAUCUUGAAGAGCAAAGGGAUAGAGAACGGCAUAAGGACAGAGAAAGAGGCACAGAUGAUAGGAGAGAUCAGCGUGAAAGCAGAAAGAGAUAUGCUGAUGAUGGUACCUAUGCAGAGUGGAGGGGUGAUGGAGAUUACAGAAAGAGGAGUGCAGAUGGUGAUAGAGAUGCAUAUAAGGAGAGGCAAAGAAACGUAGAUAAUAAGAAUCAGCGGGAGAGUAGAAAGAGAUAUGCAGAUGAUUAUGCAGAGAGGAGGGGUGAUGAAAAUUACAUAAAAAGGAGUGCAGAUAAUGAUAGACUUGCAGAAAGGGGUAGUGACCGAGAGUACCGAAAAAGAAGUGUGGCUGAUGAUAGCCUUUCAGAAAAGAGGGACAGUGGAGAGUAUAAAAAGAGAAGUGCAGAGAGGAGGGAUGAUAUAGAGUAUAGAAAGAGAUAUGCGGAUGAUGACAGACGCAACAAGAGAGAUGAACCAGUGCACAAGAGAAGAAGUGCAGAUGUUGAUGCCUAUAAAGGUAAAAGGGAAGAUAGAGAACAUGGAAGGUAAUGAUGAGACCUUCAUCCCGAGAAAUGGCACUGAGCAGAGAAAAAAGACUUGAACUUACUUUUCGUGAUAUAUAAUUUUGACCUCAGAAUAUUGAAUCAGACCGUUUUUGGUUUUUGUAGCAAUACACUUCUGUACCAAAGGAAUUAAAUUAACUUUUGUCAGUUUAUGCAUGCAAACUCGUGAGACAAUCACGUUUUGUUA